AUGUGGAACGACGAAGAUAACAACCCGUACGGCGCAUUCGACCGCCCAGAUCCCCAUCUGACCGAUUCAUUACAUUCUGCUGUGUCGCCCUCUCCCUAUGACCGAGAAUCUACGCCCCCAUCAUCACGAUCCUCCAGUCGAGGCCCGCCGGACUAUGUAUCGCGACAACCUGAUACAGAAGACGAAGAGGAAGAUAAUAGCUAUGGCGCUCGACAGGGCGCUCUAUCCAGCCGCAAACGAGGUGUGUACGACAGUCGCAUAGAGCAGAUCCUGUACGAGAACCCGGAUCUGCCGAUCUUAAUCGUCGAUGCGGGGAAGAACCACGAAGGCGGAGGGAGCUUCAUUGUAUAUACAAUCCGGACGGGAGAUAUCGAGGUGCGCCGGCGUUAUUCGGAAUUCGCUUCCUUGCGACAGACCCUCGUCAAUCUCCACCCAACGCUCGUCAUCCCCCCGAUACCAGAAAAGCACACCAUGGCAGAUUAUGCAGCGAAACCGACCAAGGCGAAAGAGGACACGGCGAUUAUUGAACUCAGGAAGCGCAUGUUGGCCGUGUUUCUUAACCGAUGUCGCAAGAUGAAGGAGGUUCGGGAGGACGGUGUAUGGUGGAGAUUCUUGGAUCCCAACGUUAGCUGGAGCGAAGUACUACAUUCCCAUCCCGCAUCGUCUGUGCCCAAGAAUAACCUUAAGGCACCUCCGCUCGACCCUGCCAACCCAACCCCAGCACAUGCCUGGCUUCCCGUCCCCUCCUCGUCUGCGAAACUCAAGUCGACAGCAGCGAUGACGGCAACAUCGCCGUCGGAUCCAGCGAACACAACCCAGAUACUUGGUCGAUUUCCUCCCACCUCUCGCACAUUGAGUGAACAGGAUCUAGAUCCUUAUUUCAUCAACUUUGAAGCGUCUACGCGCGAACUGGAGCUGCUCCUUCAGGGCAAUAUCGAGAAAGUCAAUCGGCGCACCCUGGCCCAUUUGUCGUCGCUCUCCGCGGAUCUGAUGGAGCUGGGCGCGAGGUAUAAUGGGUUUUCCCUAUCAGAGCAAUCUCCAACAGUAGCUGCAGCGAUCGAACGGAUCGGCCAGGCUGCAGAUACAUCAUAUAUCGAAACGGAGGAAUUGUCGUCCUCCUUAGGUGCCAGUUUUGCAGAGCCCAUGAGGGAAAGCGCCCAGUUUGCCAGUGUCGUCCGCAGCGUGCUGCGAUACCGAGUGCUCAAGCGUGUGCAGGAAGAGAUGACACGGGAAGAGCUGUCCAAGAAGAAGGCUCUGCUGGAGUCACUGGAGAGAAGUGAGCAGGAAGCGAAGCGUAUCGAACAAUACCUCAACAGCACAGCAUCCCCAUCGGUAGCAACGAAACCAAGAUCAAUGUCUGCGUCGUCAGCAACUAGCAGCGGGCACGAUCGCGAACGCGAACCUCAUCGGGGAGGUGCAGAGGACACGGCAUCGAUUGACUCGGAUUUCCCGCCGACGCACAGUGAUGCCGUUCCAUCGGCCUCUCAAGGGACUCCCCAGAGGCCCGAGGGGCCAUCUCCUCCAGUGCACCGCAAGAGCGCUAGCGGUAAUUUUGUUACGAAUAAGAUUUUUGGACGCAUCAGUCAUGCAGUGCAUGGCUUCGUCGAUGUCGACCCGGAGAGAACGCGUCGAGACCAGAUCGGAAAGACGAAGGAGAGUUUGAUACAGCUGGAACAAGCGCUGCAGGUUUCCGAGAAAGACGUCAAGGAUGCCAGUGCUGGCGUGCUCCAGGAUCUAAAGAGAUUUCAGAAAGAGAAGGAGGAAGACCUCCGCCGGUAUAUGGCCGGCCAUGGCUGUGCUGGCUGGGCACGGUAUAUAAACGGCGUCUCGUCUCUCGACCACGACUCUGCUCGUCCUCCGUCUGCUGUCGUCACCUCGUCUUCGAUCGUCUUCUCUGCGUCUCGAAGCCUCGACUGCAGCGUUGUCGCCGUGCGUCGACUCUCCACAGCGUCGCUGCUGAGUGCUGACGGUGAGGUCAGCCCGCGCGCAGGCGCCAACCAGCCGUGCCGUUGCUCCCCACCAACACCACGUCCAGACAGUCAAGUUAGUCUCCUCAACCCGCGCCCCCGUUCGGUUCUGCUGACUCUCCGGAUCGCCUGGCGGCUUUACCGAGCCCUGCUGCUUUUUUUCCCACUUCCCCUCCCCUGCUCGCCUGCUUCCUCCGCCAUCCUUCCCAUUGUGCUGUCCAGAGCUGCCACGCGACGUGUGCAGCUCACCUUCACGACGUCUUCCACAAAGCGCCGUAAGGUUGUCGAAGAGCCUCGCCGUCCAGGAGCCACUCCGAGUCCGUCUGUUGCCUCGCGGGCCAGGCACGCUGACGCCGGCGAAAGACGUCACGGCCUCCAGCACCACCACCGCCGUCAUCACGGCUCGCCCUCGCCUGAACGCCCAUUGCCACUGCCUCCGCCCACCCUGGCACCCUCCGAGUCGAAUCUGGAUUCGCGGUCCUCCGCCUCGCCGUCGCCGCGCUACAUCCCUGCGCAUCUGCAGGAGGAAGUGCUCGGCGCUGGAUCCAAGUCUGGUGCUUCCCGCCCCCCAACGCCAGAGCCCUCCGGCAACGCAGAUUCCCCGUCUGCUGCUUGCGCUGGGCUCUCCCUGAACAGUGACCCUGUCCCCGACAUGUCGAGCUCUGACAAGUCCUCCGCCGCCGCUCCCCAGCAGAGCCAACGCGAAGUCCGGUCGUCCUCGCCCGCCGUCAAACGCCGUGUCUCCGAGAUAGCGGGCAACGAGCAGCAGUCCCAGGAUGUCGAGAUGGAGACAGGUUCGUCCGAACAGCAGUCGAGCGGGCCCGAUUCCCGACCGGCUCAGCGUAGAGCCACGUCCGUCGACAUGAUCGGCAGCGAGGAGAACGCGGAGACGGCCAAGAGUAGUGGUGGUGACGAUGCCAUCCCUUCAACCGGCUCAGAUACCGUCUAUCCUACGCCCUCGAGCAUGUCCACAUAUACCGCUUCGACGUCGACCCGGGAGAGUUCGUCGAAGGCUCACGAAGCGGCCGGGACGUCCGAGCCCGUUCCCUCGAUCGAUGAGCAGGUUGCAAUGGUGAUGGCGUUGAUGGCCAAGCCGCUCCAGGACAAGCAGAAGGGUUACGUCGUCUCUGCCAACUGGCUCAACCGAGUGUUGGCCCGGAGUUCUCAAGCUCCCCGCGGCGGCGUGAUCGAUAAAAGUGCCAUGGAGGGCGAGAUCGGACCGGUCGACAACUCGGACCUCGUUCUGGUCACCGAUCCCUCCACGUCCUUCAAAGAUGAGGCCGGAGAGCCCUUUGUGCCCCUGCGGCCCGGGCUACAGAUGGGCGAAGACUUCGAGAUUGUCUCCCAGGAAGCAUGGGAUCUCAUCAUGAAGUGGUACGGCUUAGCGGAACAGUCACCCGCCAUCGUUCGCUACGCCCACAACACCAACACCGCCGGCGGCGAAGAAAACAUUCAGUACGAAAUCAACCCGCCUAUCUUUACGAUCCUGAAGCUCUCCAACCCCGCCAAUGGCGUCACCACCCAAUCCCUGAAGGAUAAGAGCUCCCCGCCUGUGAAGACCCUUGCCAGCCGGCACACCAACUUCCAGAAGUGGCUCCGGCAGGCGAAAGAACUCGCUCACAUCGACAUGAAGACCAGGGUCCGUGUCUGGAAAAUUCUGGGUGGUCUGAGCAGCACGGAGACGUCCGGCGUCAUCACCCCGGCCGCCUCGAGGAGCAGUUCGCCUGCGCCCGGCGCCACGCUGGUCCCCAGUGCUGGAAGUAGCCUUGUGCUGGACGUCAACACGUUUGUUUCGCUUGCUGAGGGCUCUCAACGCGAGCUCCUGGAAGACGCCCGAGACCAGACCGCCAACGAAAAGUACAACGGCAGCAUGACCCUGGACCUGGUCGGCCUGACUGCCAACGAUGUAGUGGUCUUAGAGGAGCAGAUUGGGGGCCCUGGCGGUGGAGAGUGGGUGUCAGAAGCCUCCAAGCAGGCCCUCAGCCGCCUCUCCAUCCCGCCUGGUAACAACAAGAACGGCCUCGCCAAGCCAAAGGCGAAGACCCCCUCUGUCAGUGGGCGUUCUUCACCCGUUCCUGAGACCACUCGGGGCAGACGCAAGGAUGGCAGACCUAAGGGAAUUACCGGCUUUGGCAAUCUCGGGAAUACCUGCUACAUGAACUCGGCGCUUCAAUGUGUGCGAAGUGUAGAGGAGUUGACAUACUACUUCCUGAAUGAUUGCUAUAAGAAAGACCUCAAUCCCAACAAUCCAUUGGCACACAACGGAGACGUUGCUCGUGCCUAUGCAAACUUGCUGCACGUCAUAUACGACGAAGGGCCGGUAUCCUUUUCCCCCAAGCAGUUCAAACAUACCAUAGGGCGAUACGGGCCGGCGUUCUCGGGCUACGGGCAGCAGGACUCUCAGGAAUUCCUUCUCUUCCUUUUGGAUGGUCUGCAAGAGGAUCUCAAUCGGAUCAAGAAGAAGCCGUACAUUGAGAAGCCCGAUUCCACCGACGAAAUGGUCCACAACCAUGAGGCUUUGAAGGAGUUUGCAAAUAAGUGCUGGGACAUUUACAAGGCUCGCAAUGAUUCGGUCAUCACUGAUCUGUUUGCGGGCCAGUACAAGUCCACCCUGGUCUGCCCUGUGUGCAGCAAGGUCAGCAUCAUCUUCGACCCUUUCAACAACCUGACUCUCCAGCUUCCCGUCGAGAACCUGUGGAGUAAGGAGAUUUUCUAUUUCCCUCAUAACAAGCCUCCAGUCCUCUUGGAUGUCGAGCUCGACAAGAACUCGAGCAUCAAAGCAUUGAAGGAAUAUGUUGCCAAGAAGAUGAACACGGAUCCCCAGAGACUCAUCAUGGCUGAAAUCUACAAGAGCAAGUUCUACAAGCUCUUUGAUAACACUGCCACCAUUGCCGACAGCAACAUCGGUCCGGGCGAUGACAUUGGUAUCUUCGAGGUGGAAUCGGUCCCGACCAAUUACAACCCGGACAAGCCCAAGAAAUCAUUCUCCAUGCUCUCCUUCAGCCACAUGGACACAGAGGACAUCCCCAGCAUCGAUUCUCCCAGGGCCGACAGGCUUCUUGUUCCGAUCUUUAACCGCGUUAACCGGCCAGGCAGUCGGUACGGGUCGCGACAGGUGUUUGGAGCACCUUUGUUUGCCGUCUUCACCCGGGAAGAGGCACGCGACUACGACACGAUCUUUGGCAAGGUGCUUUCUGCAGUGGCCACUUUGACUACCCGUGACAUCCUGCAUGAAACGGAUGAUGCCGAUAGUGCCGAGGAUGAGGGUCCCGACUCGGAUACCGUCGUCAUGAACGAAGAAGACGCUGAGUCUGCAGACUCGAAGAUCAAAACCGCUUCUGUGGAGGGCGAGGAUGGUCUAGUGGACGUGUCUAUGCGCGAUGCUUCAGAUGCGUCCAAGGAGAGCACGGCGAAGUCCAUUCCACGCAGGCUUCGGAACCUCUUCCAAAUGAAGAUUGUCAAGUCGAGAAGUGAAGUUAUUCCUCUUGGCUUCUCUUCUUUGGAAGAGAAUAAGGACUACCCCUUGAUAUCCUCGCGACUGCAGCGAAAGCCAGCUGGCAAGCCGGUAGCUCAGAAGGCUAAGGCUAGUCGUUUGCGGGAGAGGCCCAACAGCCCUGUCAGCAGCAGCGAUGAUGAGCUGAACGACGAGCCCGAACCGGUCAACAAGCGAGUUCCUCGGACAAGUGACGAGUCGGACGAGUCGGACGCUGACAGUGAUUCGGAAAGCGGAGGCGACAUCUACCCCAACCGGAUGUUUUCCGACUCCAAGAAGGCCCGCAACGGUGCCGUCGAACCCGAGCCCCAAGACGCCCCUCUCAUCCGUCCUGGAGAAGGAAUCGUGCUCGACUGGAGCGAGGAGAAUCACGACGCGCUGUUUGGAGCGGACCCGAGAGACAAGAAUUCCCUCCGUGGGUCUCCUACCUGGACCAACGUGGAGCACUUCCCGGACCCCGAGCUCGCGAAGAAACGGCAGAUGCGGCAGAACCGAAGGAAGAAGGGCCUCACUUUGGAUCAGUGCCUCGAUGAAUUCGGCAGAGAGGAGAUUCUGUCGGAGAACGACGCCUGGUACUGUCCGCGCUGCAAGGAGCACCGUCGGGCCAGCAAGACGUUCGAGUUGUGGAAGACACCGGACAUCCUGGUCAUUCACCUCAAGAGAUUCAGCGCCCACCGCGGGUUCAGGGAUAAGAUCGAUGACUUGGUCGACUUCCCCGUCGAAGGGUUGGAUCUCACCGGUCGAGUGAGGGCCCCCGAACCCGGUGAAAGCCUGAUCUACGAUCUAUUCGCCGUGGACAACCACUACGGUGGUCUUGGCGGAGGACAUUACACGGCGUAUGCCAAGAAUUUCUUGACGGGUGAAUGGCACGAGUAUAAUGAUGCUCAUGUCUCCAAACCGAUCGACCCUCAGAAGGUCGUGUCGCCUGCCGCGUAUCUGCUCUUCUAUCGUCGCCGGUCCGACCGUCCCCUGGGCGGCAAGCUUCUGCAGGAAAUCACCGAGUCGUCCGUUCGCGGAGCAGACUCGGACUCGCCGGCUGACUCGCGUGCCGAAUCACCGGCGGGGGAAGGCCGGCGCCUCGGCGACUCCUCCCGCAAUGGGUCGUCGAGCGCCUUAGCCGGAGUCGGAGCAGCUCACCAAGCGGGAGAUGGUGGUUUGCGAACCGUAACCCAAGUGAGGAACGUGGAGGGUGAUGAGGAGGAUGACGACGAAGAGAUGCCACUUAAGUACACGAACGGGCUUCGGUCCGGAGAACAGAGCCUGGGACAGACGCACCGACUGCAAGGUAUGGACACCGAAGACCUGGAUCCCAGCGGCGGCAUGCAGUCGAAUCCCCUCCCUUACGUGAAUGAGCCCGCAUGGUCCUUCGACCGAGCUGCAGAUGCUCACGGCCCUUCGCAGAUGACCGCCGCGCCCCCGGGGUCUUACUAUGACGAAGACGAAGACGAAGGUCUGUUCGAUGAUGAUGAGGACGAUGAUGACGCCGCCAGCAACCAGGCCGUGGGAGGCGGUGACAUGAGCGAUUCGGAGCUGCCCAUGGCGGACGAGCCCGGCGACUAUCCCCCGAUGAUUCUUGACGACGUUCCGCCCGUGAGUGACGACGAGGACGAGGAGCUCCCCGUUGUCGAACUGCGGGUGAACGAGGAGGACCGAAUUGUGUCUGAUUGA